AUGGACGUGCUGCUGCUCCACGGGCUGCUGCUCCUGCCCCUGGCAGCGCUGCUGCUCUACAGGUGCAGCCCCCGCUUCCAGUACCUCUGCAAGGUGGCCUUUUUCAACUGCUGGAUUGUGGCCAUGGCCACCCUGCUGUCCCCCUUUGCCGCCUUCCGGGGACGCUCCGUGGACAACAUGAAGCUCCUGCGCGCCGCGCUCCUGCCCCUCAAGCGCUUCUACGGCAUCGGGAUGCGGGUGAGGGGCGCGGAGCAGCUGCAGCUGCAGGGGCCCUUCGUGAUCGUCUGCAACCACCAGGCUUCCCUGGACCUCAUGGGAAUGGUGGAGGUGAUUCCCGAGCGCUGUGUGCCCAUCGCCAAGCGGGAGCUGCUGUACCUGGGCACGGUGGGCUGGGCCUGUUGGCUCAGUGGCAUCAUCUUCAUCGACCGCCACCGCAGGGAUGCGGCCAUCGAGGUCAUCUCCCACACUGCCAGCACCAUGCGGCACGAGAACCUCCGUGUGUGGGUUUUCCCUGAAGGCACCAGGAACCCUGGCAAAUCCAUGCUGCCCUUCAAGCGUGGGGCUUUCCACCUGGCCGUGCAGGCACAGGUUCCCAUUGUUCCCAUUGUGAUCUCCCCGUACUGGAACUUCUUCAGCUCCGAGGAGAAGAGAUUCACCUCUGGGACCUGCACCAUCCAAGUCCUUCCCAGGGUGGAAACGCGGGGCCUGAGCCCAAAGGAUGUCCCCGAACUGACGGAGAGUGUCCGCCAGGCCAUGGCUGAGGCCCUGGCUGAGAUGUCCAUGAGUGACCACGGGGACCAGGCCACGGAGCAGCCUCUGCUGGGGCUGGGGGACAACAGAGGCAGGCCCCAGGGCCAGGGGGACACAGCCAGGAACAGCAAAUAG